UGUUGUGUGUUAACUGUAGGGGCACCCAUGUUGUUGGAGAUCAGAAGUGUCCGGUGAGAGAAAGGCGGGUCAGAGUAGUUCAGAAGGAGUUGUAUGCUGAGGCAGUUAAGAAAGUAGUAGAGGAAGAUGGGUCCAGGGCGAGGGAUCCUAAGACAAUCCCUGUGAGUAGCCCGAGGCCAAUAGAGAGUGAUAGAAAUAACAUGUUCUUCAGUAAGGUUAGCUUCUUAGCAUUAUUAGCCAUGGUUAUCAACUGUACCACAGAAAUGGAAUGUAAAAUCACAGAAAAUAUAUGUUGUGGUGGCAGCUGCAGAGAAGUACUUGGGUGUACAAGAUUUUACAGCAGAAGGUGUGUUGAGUGAUAGUGUCCCAUCCUGCCAGCCUGGUAUAGGAUCAGAUAGAUCCAAAGUAGUGGAAUAGUGGUGAGAUUUUAAUUGGUGUAGGGUUAAUUAGUUGGCAGGUCACAUUGUUUUCUUCCAGAACAGUAGGCAGACACACAGCCCACACAGAAGGUGGUGGCAUGCACCUCCAACGUAUGUUUUCAGACCGCCAUAAUACCAUAGAAGAAGAAGUAGUAGUCAGGUAGGGGAAGGAGAAGGAGGAGCAUGUGAGCUGUCUGACAGGUUUGGCUGGUCUGUUGCUCCCUUCCAUUCUGUCUCUGCAGUAGAAUUCUGCAGUUUGUAUCCUCUGGGGCGUGCUGAGCUGUGGAGAGGCCUAGAGUUCUGUUGGGGACCUGUAAGAUUUGACUUCCAUUCUAAAGAACUUUAGGGCACCAGGUUUCAAGUGACAUCCUUAUGGGAACUGGAAGAAGACGGAAUCAUAUCAGCCACAAACAAAAUCCUGUCAGCUUUUGGGGACAGUAUGAUCCUGGAGUGAAGACAUCUGAAUAAUUUUGACUUUGGGUGGCCAAAAAAAGCAGGAUAAAGACAGGAGUCAAGGACAAAAAAGCCAACCUGUGCUACCGCCCAACCCCACCUCCAGCAUGCCUGUGGAGACACUACAGCCUGGCCUGAGACAGCCGGUGGCAGUGAGGGCUGCUGCUGCUGGAACACCCAACCGCCUUCUCAUGCCCAACCGCCGCCUCCUCCAGCCAAGAACAUUGGAAGCAGCUGAGCCCAGGCAGAGUGCAGUGGAGAGACUGGCAGUAGACAAGGCUAAAUAUGUCAAGAACCAGGUGGCCUUCUUUAAGCAACAGCCAAUCAAAGUGCCUCCACCUAUCAUGCGCAAGCCUCUGAUGUUCCCUGCACCCGCCCUGCGGCCCACCCGUAAGGCCCAACUGCCUCGCCCUGACUACACCCAGCAAAGGAGUUCCCCACUGGACCUGGAGCACCUGAGUAACCUGAUCAAUGGGAUGGGUGAGGCUGAAACUCCCCCUACCUCCCCAACCAUGGACCCAGUGGAGAGUAGUCAGGCCCCUGACUGCCCCACUACCAACUCUCCCUGUCCCUCUCCAAUCUCUGCUGGAGCUGGGUCAGGGGCUGCUGAGAGUAUCCAGACCCUCUGUCCUGAGUGGUCCACUCCAGUCAAAGUUAGGGUAAAUGCCUCUGGCCCACUAAGUCCUACAUGGUCUCCUACUGCAGUGACCAUACGUAGAGUGGACAUCAUCCCCCACCACACCACACCAGUGAGGAUGCCCCUUAGAGCACAGCAGCAGAUGCGCGUCCCAUUGCAGCCCAUGGCUCUGCAUCCACACACCCAGAUCCACAACACUAUGUCACCUCUGCGUCUCUUCCACCCCCGAACUACCUAUGCACCAGGCCCUGCGUCUCCUAAACCUGUCCCAGCCCCUCCACCACAAAAUCGCACCCCAACCUCCACCUCCCCGUCUAGCCCCGUCCAGCUCCCAGCCAACCCCCCCGUACUCCCGCCCUCCCCGUCGGUCACCUGCCUAUCGUCCGGCAGCUCCAGGAAACGUCCCUCUCUGAACCGCUCCAAAUCCGACAUGAGUGACCGUUACUCCCGGGCCAGUACUGAGCUGGAGCGCUUCUUCAACCUGUGUGGUUUGGACACUUCAGAGAUGCAGGUGCUGAAGGGGCCAGGCUCAGACAUCGCCUCCCUUGCACAGUUCCGCAGUGCCAGCGCUCCUGGGUCAGAGUGUGCAGGCCAGGAGGGUGAAGAGGAAGGUGGGGCUGCAGAGCCGGCACCCUAUGGCGUCUCAGUAAUUGAGAGGAACGCCAGAGUUAUCAAGUGGCUUUAUGGUAUCCGCACAUCCAAGGAUAGUGCCAGGAGCACCAACAUGUAGGGCCAUGAGAGACUGAUGUAAAUAGAGGCAGGGGAGAAAAACAUGGAGGUGCACUUUAAACACAAUUCCUGUACAGAGAAAAAAGCAGGAGAAGUGUGACUGCCGGUAUAAACCAACUAAUGAAAAUGAAAGGAAGGGACUGAUCUGGACUAAUAGUGAAGGACACUGUCUGUCAAUGCAGUUUGAUAGUGUUGGACAUCAUUUGUGCAAAUUAUUUAUUGCAUGGUACUUGGUACCAACACCCGUUUCAUCCAGGGCAAAGCAGCAGUGUUUGGUGAAUGACGCUUGUAUUGAUGAUGUGGAUCCUCUGUACCUCAUCUCCCAUCGGUCAUCAAGGAGGCUCAGAAAAGGCCUGACGUCCAAGGCUACUCACCUUCCUCCAGCCAUUAUCAUUGGUAGUUCCAUGGUGAAGCACAUCUUAGUUGCUGUGCUACCUGGGGGCUACGGUGAAGGAUAUCACAGGAUUUAUUUUGUCUAUCCUACAUCAGCAGCCAAGAGCUGCUGCUGUUGUAGUGCAUGUGGGAUCAAAUGAUAUCAAAAAUGGUGAAUCAGAAAUAAUGAACAGGAUUUUAUUGAGCUGAUCAACACCCUAAAAGGCUCUGAAAGGCAGCCGAUUACAGUAUAUCUGGCCCCAUCGCUGAGUCGCGACUGCGAAAGGUUCAGCAGGCUUUAGCACUUCAUAUCUGGCUUAAAGUCUACUGCCACUCUGUUGGCAUAACUUUUAUUGACAAUUUUUUACACUUUUUGGAAACAAAAGGAUGAUGGACUCCACCCAAACCAUCUACGAUAGGAGCCCGGACUCUCUCGUCACAUUUUAAAGCUGUGUUAAGAUAUUGACUCAGAGACAGACCAAGCCCCACUCAGGUAAUACCGCCCAUCCUCUCUAAGCAUUAUCUUCGUACUGUUGUCUAUACUGCCAGGGAAGUUGUCAGUUGUAAUUUUGUACCCAUUCAAUUUAAUUCCACUCUUAGAUCUGCUAUUGUUAGCUCAAAAGGGGAGCCCACUGUGGUCUGCUCACCCAGUGCUUAAAGUUCAAAUGUGAAUUCCAUAAACUUGAAACCCCCUCGGGGGCUUUGGCUGUUGCACGAUAGCAACCAAAGCCCAUGUAAGUCAGUUUAUAACAUUCCAUCAUUGGUUACUCUGAGAGUUCCUCAUAUUGACAUUGGCUGCGGCCUCAGGCCCUACGACGCUAACCUUGGAAAAGUCAUUCCAAUUCCUUCUCCUUCCUCUUUACUAAUAGGGAUAGACUAAUGGUCUAGUUCUAUGCAAUCUUCUAGCCAAACCAACUAAAUCAAUAUCAACCAUCAGACAGGGUCCGCAACCGCCUAUUGAACAUACAGUAGCUUGUUUGAGUUGGAAUUUCCAUGUGACUUCAGACUUGGGUUGAUGCAUCUGAACAUUAGGUGCUUACUUCCUGAACUGAAUUGCAUUAGGAUCUGGGCUAUGCAAAUGAAUUCAGACAUUCUGGUAUUGACUGAAACUUUCUUGACAUUCUCGACUCUGAUAUUAAUAUUGAGGGUUAUCAUGAGUUCAGAGCUGACAGACAGGGUAGAGGUGAAAUCCAUUUCCCUUGCCCAAAUGUUUUAGAUACUAUCUUUAAGUCAUUCAUAAAAUAGAUGAUGCAUGGGUCAAGGCCAGGAACACAGGUGUAGGCAAGCUUUUAAGCAACUGAGGAACCAUUGUGAAAAAACAAAUAGAUUAUUAUGUAACCACUCUCUGAUUAUAAGAACCCUGCCAAAUUCAGGAAAACUGCAGCGCCUAUCAUAGCUGGCUCAAUACCCCACAUUUUUUAUUUAACAUUGUUAUUGGGAAAUAAUCAAAAAUGAUAGAAAUCUGUUCUUGUGUUGCCACUCCAUAAUGGUGGGGAUAGUAACAUUAGUGAUCUUAAUCAUUAUCAGCCCGUUUCAAGGCUUCCUUGUCUCUUUGAGAUUCUUGAAUCCUUGGUAAAUGUACAACUUUGCUCUUUUAUCUGAGAAAUGUAUUUUGAAUGUAAACCAGUUAGAGUUUAGACCUGGGCAUGACAGUAUUACUCUAAUCACUUCAGUUGUUAAUGAUCUUGUCAAUACUUCAGACACUAAAAUGAAAUGUGCUGCUUGUUUGUGGACCUGUCCAAAGCUUUUGAUACUGUUGAUCAUGCUAUUUUAUUGAAUAAGUUGUGACGCCUGUUUAUGGUUUCAUGAUUAUUUUAGUGAAAGAACUCAGAACUCAGGCUAAGUCUGAAAUUUCUUGAAGUGCAUAAAUGUGUACCACGGUUCCAUUUUGGAACCUGUUCUCUUCACUGUUUAUAUAAACACCAUUGGUCAAUCUGUUUAUGUGGAUGAUACUAAACUCUGGAAAAAAAGAAACGUCCCUUUUUCAGGACCCUGUCUUUCAAAGAUAAUUCGUAAAAAUCCAAAUAACUUCACAGAUCUUCAUUGUAAAGGGUUUAAACACUUUUUCUCAUGCUUGUUCAAUGAACCCUAAACAAUUAAUGAACAUGCACCUGUGGAACGGUCAUUCAGACACUAACAGCUUACAGACAAUAGGCAAUUAAGGUCACAGUUAUGAAAACUUAGGACACUAAAGAGGCCUUUCUACUGACUCUGAAAAACACAAAAAGAAAGAUGCCCAGGGUCCCUGCUCAUCUGUAUGAAUGUGCCUUAGGCAUGCUGCAAGGAGGCAUGAGGACUGCAGAUGUGGCCAGGGCAAUAAAUUGCAAUUUCCGUACUGUGAGACGCCUAAAAUGGCGCUACAGGGAGACAGGACGGACAGCUGAUCAUCCUCAUAGUGGCAGACCACAUGUAACAACACCUGCACAGGAUCGGUACAUCCGAACAUCACACCUGCGGGACAGGUACAGGAUGGCAACAAUAACUGCUCGAGUUACACCAGGAAUGCACAAUCCCUCCAUCAGUGCUUACACUGUCUGCAAUAGGCUGAGAGAGGCUGGACUGAGGGCUUGUAGGCCUGUUGUAAGGCAGGUCCUUACCAGACAUCACUGGCAACAACGUUGCCUAUGGGCACCAACCCACCGACGCUGGACCAGACAGGACUGGCAAAAAGUGCUCUUCACUGACGAGUCGCAGUUUUGUCUCUCCAGGGGUGAUGGUUGGAUUCGCGUUUAUCAUUGAAGGAAUGAGCGUUAUACCAAGGCCUGUACUCUGGAGCAGGAUCGAUUUGGAGGUGCGUCAUGGUCUGGGGCGGUGUGUCACAGCAUCAUCGGACUGAGCUUGUUGUCAUUGCAGGCAAUCUCAACGCUGUGCAUUACAGGGAAGACAUCCUCCUCCCUCAUGUGGCACCCUUCCUGCAGGCUCAUCCUGACAUGACCCUCCAGCAUGACAAUGCCACCAGCCAUACUGCUCGUUCUGUGCGUGAUUUCCUGCAAGACAGGAAUGUCAGUGUUCUGCCAUGGCCAGCGAAGAACCCGGAUCUCAAUCCCAUUGAGCACGUCUGGGACCUGUUGGGUGAGGCCUAGGGCCAUCCCCUGUUUGUCAAAUGUCUGUGGAACUUGUUCAGUUUAUGUCUCAGUUGUUGAAUCUUGUUAUGUUCAUACAAACAUUUACACAUGUUUGCUGAAAAUAAACGCAGUUGACAGUGAGAGGACAUAUAUUUUUUUGCUGAGUUUUGAUGAGCUGGUUAAGAAGCAAACAUUAUAAAGUGUUUUUUCUCUACAGAAACAGAUUGUGCUUUUCUUUUAACAGUAAGACGCAGAUUUGUCAGUCAACCGUUUUAUAAGUGCAGCUGCUACUACUCUUAAACCUUUGGAUGCCAAUAUCAUAGUGCCCUUUGUUUUGUUACAGGCGACAGUUGAUACUCAUUACUGUAUCAUGUAUCAAAAGGUUGGCUGGACUUCACAAAAGACCCGUAGGUCUCUACAUUAGUCCCUUUUUGUUUGAAGGGUCCUACUUGAUAAACUUCCGUCUUAUCUAUUUUUUCUGUUUUAGUAUAACCACCGAGUUACCAAAUAGUUCACAGGAUUGGUUUACACUCAAGGUUCCUAGGGUUUCCACCAAACUAGGUAAAUCUUCUUUUAGUUUUAAUACACCGUACUGCUGGAACAAAAUUCUGAAUACAUUUAAUAUUGAUGUUCUGGUGCCGUUCAGUCAAUUUAAAGUAUUGAUUGGGGAUUAUUUGUGGAGGAAUGUAACUUUUGCUGCGCGAUUUGUGAUGUUUUAUUUGUGCACACCAUGACUGUUUGUGUAUAAAAAAAGAGAACAUAACAUUUUUUAAAGUUUACACACAUCCAGGAAUGUCAAACAUGAUGGAUAAUUACCUUCCCUACAGAGAAAACACUAACCUUCACACAUCUACAGUUGAAGUCAGAAGAUUACAUACACUUUCCCGCUCAGCCCAGUCAAAACUGUUCGCUGCUCUGGCCCCCCAAUGGUGGAACAAACUCCCUCACGAUGCCAGGACAGCGGAGUCAAUCACCACCUUCCGGAGACACCUGAAACCCCACCUCUUUAAGGAAUACCUAGGAUAGGAUAAAGUAAUCCUUCUCACCCCCCCCCCUUAAAUGAUUUAGAUGCACUAUUGUAAAGUGGCUGUUCCACUGGAUGUCAUAAGGUGAAUUCACCAAUUUGUAAGUCGCUCUGGAUAAGAGCGUCUGCCAAAUGACUUAAAUGUAAAUGUACUUAGGUUGGAGUCAUUAAAACUUGUUUUUCAAUCACUCCACAAAUGUCUUGUUAACAAACUAUAGUAUCACAAUUCCAGCGGGUCAGAAGUUUACAUACACUAAGUUGACUGUGCCUUUAAUCUGCUUGGAAAAUUCCAGAAAAUGAUGUCAUGACUUUAAAUAGGCUAAUUGACAUCAUUUGAGUCAAUUGGAGGUGUACCUGUAGAUGUAUUUCAAGGCCUACCUUCAAACUCAGUGCCUCUUUGCUUGACAUCAUGGGAAAAUCAAAAGAAAUCAGCCAAGACCACAGAAGAAUAUUGUAGACCUCCACAAGUAUGAUUCAUCCUUGGGAGCAAUUUCCAAACGCCUGAAAGGUACCAUGUUCAUCUAUACAAACAAUAGUACGCAAGUAUAAACACCAUGGGACCACGCAGCCUUCAUGCCGCUCAGGAUGGAGAUGCGUUCUGUCUCCUAGAGACAUACUUUGGUGACAAAAGUGCAAAUCAAUCCCAGAACAACAGCAAAGGACCUUGUGAAGAUGCUGGAGGAAACGGGUACGAAAGUAUCUAUAUCCACAGUAAAACGAGUCUUAUAUCAACAUAACCUGUAAGGCCACUCAGCAAGGAAGAAGCCACUGCUCCAAAACCACCAUAAAAAAGCCAGACUACGGUUUGCAACUGCACAUGGGGACAAAGAUUGUACUUUUUGGAGAAAUGUCCUCUGGUCUGAUGAAACAAAAAUAGAACUGUUUGGCCAUAAUGACCAUUGUUAUG